GGGACAAGGUAUCGCGCCAUUCCCCCAUCGGAGUUGCCCCCCAAACUCCACCUGCAAAAUUACCCCUCCGUCAAGUGAUUCCUACUCCCCCGACCUGCACUACUGCUCACGACGACCAUCUCCCUCCAUGCGCGCGCAAAAAAAAAAAAGGUGCGUGUGCGUGUGUGUAUAUAUUCAUCUGGCCAUCAACGCGAUCUUCCAUGUCCUCAUCAACACAAUAAAACUACUGUCCCGUGCAUACUCCUCUCCCAGACUUUCCUUGGAUUUGUUAUUAAUCUUCCCGUUCGAUCGUCCAUCAUCAGCUAGCCAGCCCAAUCGUUGUCGCCUGAGCUAGCUCUGAAUCGGGAGGCAGAAGAGAAGCCAGAAGCGGGUGAUCGCCAUGGCUUCCAGCGAGCGCGUGUACGAGGACUUCGUGCCUCCGCACCAAAUGGAACGCGAGCCGGCAACCCACACCCUCACCGUCAACCUCUCCGCCCAAGGGUACAAGAAGGAGCACAUCAGGGUGCAGAUGGUCCACAGCCACCGGCGGCUGAUCGUGCGCGGGGAGCGCCCCGUCGACGACGGCAACCGGUGGAGCCGCUUCCGCCUCGAGCUCCGCGUCCCCGACGGGUGCGACGCCAAGGCCAUCCACGCCAAGUUCGACAACGGCGUCGUCCGCGUCACCAUGCCUGGCGUCCAGCCGGAACCCGUCCCGGUCGUCGCCAGCACCGCCCAGCAGCAGCAGCAGCAGCAGCAGGAGUCGCCGUCGCCGUUGCCGUUGCCGUCCCCGUUGCCGAAGCAGGCUAGUACGGCCGCCGUGGCUGGCGACGGUGUGCAGGACCGGAAAGGCGCAGCGGAGCAAGACGGUGGUGACCGUGAUCGUGCCGCGCGAGGACACGAGUUGGACAAGCGCGAGACGCCGCGGAAGCAAGAAGCGAGGCAGCGCGUGCUGAGCUCGUCGGCGAAAGACGCCGCCGGCGGCGGCAGUAGCGGUAGCAGCGACGACGACACCGUCGGUGGGGUAGGGGAGGUGACGGCGGCCGCUUCUCUGUCAUCACGCCAAGGCUACGGCUUCCUCCAUAACCGGAAGAUGACCACCACCGUGCUCGGCGUGGUGCUGGUCCUCAUCAGCUUCGGCAUCUAUGUCAAGUACAGCCUCUGGCCAUAAAUUAACCGUGCUGGCGUGUGCAUAUAUGUAUGGUACGGGAUAUGGUAUGAUUCCUGGCCGUAGCGACGAAUGCUGCGCGCGUAUGUAUCGAAGAAUCUGCCAAUCACAUGAAUGGCCGACUGAAGAAGGGAUGCGUGUGUCUUUAAUUUAAUUUAUUUCUCAAAUAUUGAGUGAAGAAAAGGAUUUCUUUGAUGUUGCCCCUGGAAAUGAAAAAAUGAUGACACAUACAGCUACAUGGUAAAGGCUUACUCCUACGAAUGCUGCAAGAGAAUACGAAUUUCACU